AUGUCCCGACCUACGAGGGAACGUAAACCAGCCUCCAUAUACGGAAAUAUGACUUCAUCCGAUCAGCCUUAUGGGUCAGAUGAUGAAGAUUAUGGUGAAACUCCUGAAAUCGAUAAUGGAUCUGAAUCUGGAUCUCAAGGCUAUGGUGGUUUCGCCGGUGAGAAUGAAGAUGAGGAGGAAGACGAAGAGCAAGUCGAGGGGAAAGGAAGCGAUGAUGACGACGAUGAUGAUGAGCAAGAGAGAUUGAAAAGACCCAUACGAAACAGACCAGCUAAGCAAGUCAAAUCUGGGCACGCUUCGAACUCCAAGGUUAAGCCAGCUUCAACUACAUCCUCCUCAAAAGGAAAAACAGUCAUCAAAGCCAAAGAAGUCAAGAAAAAUAUUAAACUGAUUCAACUCAAACCUGCUGUUACCAAGAAAAGCAAGCAAACAGUCGAUUCUGAUGAAGAAGAGGAAAAUGAUUCUCGAGAAGAUGACGAUAAGAAUGCAGAUGAUGAUUCAGAAGGAAAGGCAGAGCAAAAAAAACCUUCCCAAAGUUCCGGGACUAAAAAGGUUGAAGACAAGAAGCAGGCUUCAGCUACUAAAGCCAAGGUUCAAAAGAAAAUCACGUCUUCGACUAAAAAGGCAGCCUCGCCCGAAUCUUCUGACAAUGAGAAACAAUCCGAAGCGGAAGAUGAGGAGGACGAAGACGCCCUUAGCGAUACCGAGAAACAAUCGAAGCUUUCGAAGAACAUCGCUAAAGCAGAAAUCACUCCUGCUGACAACCCCACCAAAAAGGGCAAGACACCUUCCGUCAAGAAGGCAUCAGCCCCGCCAAAAAACAAGUCCGCCGAACUGAAGAAGCCUGCUAACAAAGCUCAUGCGAACAAGAUCGUACUCGCUCCUGCUAGUGGAUCCUCGUCAGCCAACAGUACCACUGGAAACAAGAAAGGUAAAUUCACCGGUCUUGCCCCUAAAAACUCCAGUGUGGCUCCUUCAUCCUCUUCAUCUUUCGCCAAACCUGAUACUGCGAACAAAGGUAAAUCUGCUGUCACCAAGAAACAGAACUCUGGUGAAGACGAAGUUGAAAGCGUUGAGCAGGAGCGACGAAAAGCAAAAGUCCUCGUCACCAAGAAGGGAAAAGGGCUCGUUAGCAAACCGGCGGCUCCGAAAAAGGCCGCAGCUGUCGAGACUAAUAAAGCUGAAGUUCGAAACAAGUCGAAACAAGUCGACGAAGAUGUAAAGGAGAAAGAUAAUGAUGAAGGAGUCGAAGAUGAAAAAGAGCUUGAUACAGCUGAAUCUUCCUCUUCUGUUGUACCAGAUGGUCCCACUGCUAAGCCUCGAGACAACUCUCAGUCCAAGUCAUCGAAAGAAGUCAAUAAGCGACCUCGAGCAAACUCGCCCGUCAGAUCUGAAAAGGGACCCAACUCUAAGAUCUGUUCGACGGCCAAAAUCGACUCGCCAGCUACCGUAUAUGAAGGAGAGAGUGAUAUAUCUGCUCAUACCGUCAAGAGAAAGGAGCCUGCCAAGACCAAAAACCUUGACCAGCUAUCUUCCGAGGAUGAGGCGAACCAAAAGGAGCGAGAGGUCUUGGAUCAAGUGGUCUUGGGAGAAGUUGGGCCCAAAGGCAGUCCAGCUUCCACCAAGACCGUCGACCGUCAUUCUGGUGCUAUGGAAGUUGAUAUCCCGGAUCUUAACAAUGAAACACAGCCGUUCCUUGCGUCUGAAAAGCCAGGCAAAAAUGAGGAACUCGUUUUGAUACAAGGCUCUUACCCUACUCCGGUCACUCCUCCCAAGCGAAAAGCUUCUGAUACGCCUUCGACCCCUUGUCCUUCACCUAAGAGACCUUCUCCUGGUCAAAAAAUCGAUAAUGUUCUUCGAGGAUCCAUCAUGUCUUCUCUCCUCAGCUCCAAUUUCCUUAAGACAUUGAAGUUCAAUGCUAUCGAGACUCCUACUUUCACAUCUGCCAAGAUUUCGAGACACUGGAGAGAGGUUCUGGGGCCUGAACUUCAGAAACUGUUUGCUGGAGCGCCACCUGAGAAAGGCAAGGCUAAGAUGGAGAAAUGGGUGAGGUUGGGAAUGUGGGAUGUCGUUCAAAAGAAUUAUGAUAAACUCGAUUGGAAAUCUCUUGAACAUCAAAGUGGUAUCUGUACUACUAAGCUCAAACGACAUUUCAGAGAGAUCAUCGUCAAGGAAGGAGUCAAGCACAUCGAGAGCUGUUAA